AUGGACGCCGUCGUAUCAGCGGCGACGGUUGAGUGCCCUCACAGUAGCUGCGGGAGCUUGGUGGCCUACCACCAGGUCCACGACCACAAGAUUGCAUGCCCGCACGCCCCUUGCGCUUGCACGGAGCCCGGCUGCCACACCGUGUGCGUUAGGGCGGCCGCGUGCGUGUGGCCUCUGUACACGGCAAAGAUGUGGGCGAAU